AGCACUUCCCAGAAGCAUGGGCAACUUUUGUUGUUUGUCUUGUCAACUAAACAUUACACUGUUGUUAUACGACAACGAUUUAAUAUCUGGCGUACGUGUGCACGCCAGAUGGACAUUCGGAGCCACGAAAAACAACAAAUUGGAUAUCUAUAAAGUUUAAGUACAGUUUUAAUCGUCAGACAAAACCCCUCGCAGACCAGAAUGGCGCCUAAGCGGUGCCCCUGAACCGGGAUGACAGAGUCUGUCUUUGCAUUGACAUACCAUUGGCCAAAUCACAAUACACCACAGAGGUGCCUGGGACUUGCAAAGCCAAUGAAAGUUCGACUUUGAAGGACUAGCACUUAUGUUGUGAGGGGAGGACGUUUCCAUACAUGUUCCAGGGCACAAUUCAACAGCUAACGUUUCCUGCCCUGAUGCAUGGUGGUCGAACGAAGGGAUUGUUGGAAAAUUUCGGAGAUAGAUGAUGCUCUUGGCCCAGGUGAACAGGGAUUCUCAGGCCAUGGAGUUCCAAAGCGUAGACGGGGAUUCCCAGCAGGUGACCCUCUGUCUGACAGAGGCUGUGACAGUGGCAGAUGGAGAUCACAUUGAGAACCUGGACACCGUUAGCCUGCAAGCGGUGACACUGGUUGAUGGGUCCACAGCGUACAUACAACACAACCCGAAAGUUCUCUCAGACGGCAAGCUGAUGGAAGGGCAAGUGAUCCAGCUUGAGGAUGGCUCGGCUGCUUAUGUUCAACACUUAUCCAUGCCUAAGUCAGGUGGUGAGGGCUUGCGACUAGAGGAUGGUCAGGCAGUACAGCUGGAGGAUGGCACAACAGCCUACAUCCACGCCCCCAAAGAGACGUACGAGCAGAGCGGGUUGCAGGCAGUUCAGCUGGAGGAUGGCACCACAGCCUAUAUUCAGCACACUGUCCACAUGCCCCAGUCCAACACCAUCCUGGCCAUCCAGGCCGACGGCACUGUGUCAGACCUGCAGGCAGAGGGCGCCAUAGACGCUGAGACCAUCAGUGUGCUGGAGCAGUAUUCUGCCAAGGUAGAGAGCUCUGACUGUGGCACAGGACUGCUGGGUAGAGACGUUGAUAAUGGUGUCCACAUGCAGAUUGUGCUGCAGGGCCAGGACACCCGGGCGUCCACCAGGGUGCAGCAUGUGGGCGAGAAGACAUUCCGCUGUGAGCACGAGGGCUGUGGCAAGCUCUACACCACAGCACACCACCUCAAGGUACACGAGCGAUCACACACAGGGGAUAAGCCGUAUUUGUGUGAACAUCUAGGAUGUGGAAAGAAAUUUGCAACAGGGUAUGGGCUGAAGAGUCACAUCAGAACACACACAGGUGAAAAGCCGUACCGCUGCCUGGAGAACAACUGUCACAAGUCCUUCAAAACAUCAGGGGAUCUUCAGAAGCACACGCGGACACACACUGGUGAGAAGCCGUUCAAGUGCCCGUUUGAGGGCUGCGGCCGCUCGUUCACCACCUCCAACAUCCGUAAGGUGCACAUCCGCACACACACGGGGGAGAGACCCUACUACUGCUCCGAGCCCAGCUGUGGGAGAGCCUUCGCCAGCGCCACCAACUACAAAAAUCACAUGCGCAUACACACGGGGGAGAAGCCAUACGUAUGCACGGUGCCUGGCUGUGACAAGCGCUUCACCGAGUACUCCAGCCUGUACAAGCACCACGUGGUCCACACUCCGUGCAAACCGUACAACUGCAACCACUGUGGCAAGACGUACAAGCAGAUCUCCACACUGGCCAUGCACAAACGAACGGCCCACAACGACACCGAGCCCAUCGAGGAGGAGCAGGAGGCCUACUUCGAGCAGCCCACAGAGGCCAUGGAUGAUCCCAGCAUCACCUUCACGCCCACAGUGGUGGAGGAUGACUCAGGGUCUGAGCAGGUGAUCACGGGAACGGCUGAGCUCAUAGACCAGCAACAUGUGGCCCUUAUUACGCAAGACGGGACGCACCAGACUGUCAGUCUCUCUCAGGCUGACAUGCAAGCCAUGGGUGGCACGAUAACCAUGGUAACACAAGAGGGCACAACUAUAACCAUCCCAGCCCACGAAGCAAUGUUGGCCUCUGGAGGGACGCAUUCUGUUACCAUGGUGACCGCGGAUGGCACUGAAGGACAGGUGGCCAUCGUCACUCCGGACCUAUCUGCGUUCCAGACGGAGGAUGGGGAGUUGCUGCAAGACCAGGACCAGCAGGUGGUCACCCCCCACCCCGUCACCCUGCUGGCCACCGCCAAUGGCACGCACAUCGCUGUGCAGCUUAGCGAUCAGCCUUCGCUGGAAGAAGCCAUACGAAUUGCAUCAAGGAUACAGCAAGGGGAGACGCCUGGACUUGAUGAUUAACAUACAUCCGGACAUAUGAACCUUUAGAGACUUUGACCUGGAGUCUGGGAUGACCUAAUCAAAAAUCAUUAGCCCCUGAACCAUGAUUAUGAUAAUGAUCAUAUUUGAAAAUUAAGAUAUUUUUGUGUGAGCAGUGUACAUAUGUUUUAAAACUGGAGUUUUCUGCUGUACAGAUUUAUUCAAUACUGCGGUUGAAUGUAUGGAUUAUGAUCAACAAAUUAAAAACAAAUCUACUGUCUUGUAAAUGAAGUCCUUAGUGGGAACAUAGUUUAAUAUUCAACAGCCUACAACAUUAAUUAACAUAAUACUGGCCUGCCUGGAUAACAGACUCCACAGAAGAAAAGAUCAAAACGCAAAUACAAGAAAAGCAGGCCCAGCAGUUUGUCAACUAUUUGAUAAAGACAGUUUCAAGAUGUCAUUUUCCUGAUCACCCUUUCAUCAUGAUUAGGUUUAGCUUUCGAAAGCAACUACUGACAAGCUUUUAUUUCCCCCUGAGUUUAACAUAUCAAAGGAAAUCCAAUGUCAAAGUCCCUCCCCUUUCUCUCCAUUACCAACAUAAACUGAGUCACCAGCUGCGAAACAUCACAUC